GGAGUGGUCUUCCGGCCGCACCGCCUCCUGGGGGCGAGGAGGGGCGGGGCCGCGGCGUGCCUCGCGGCCGAGCCAGCGAGUCGCCCUUGGCGGAGCUUUCCCUCUCUUCAGCCCAGGCCCGGCGCGGAAGUGGCUCCCGCCGCGUCCUGCUCUGGGGCUGCAACGGCCGCCACGGUGGCCGCCACGGCGUCCCGCCCCGCUUCGGCGGCGCUGGGCGCGGUGGUGUCGGCGGGUCCCGAGUCCGCGACGGGCCAGGGCCAGGCAGCGCCCGGCGCGUCUGCAUGGGGCGCGCUGUUCCGCCACGUCCGCUACGAAAGCCUGGUGGCCGGCGUGAGCGGCGGCGUCCUCUCCAACCUGGCGCUGCACCCGCUGGACCUCGUGAAGAUUCGCUUUGCCGUGAGCGACGGAUUGGAACUGAGACCGAAAUAUAAAGGGAUUCUGCACUGCUUGGCUACCAUUUGGAAACUCGAUGGACUGCGGGGACUUUACCAAGGAGUCACCCCAAAUGUGUGGGGCGCAGGGCUGUCCUGGGGACUCUACUUUCUCUUUUACAAUGCCAUUAAGUCGUACAAGACUGAAGGGAGAGGUGAACGGUUAGAGGCCACAGAAUACCUCAUCUCUGCUGCUGAAGCUGGUAAGGCAGCGUGUGAACCAUGCCACCUUCCCAACUUGACUUCCAUCUAUAUUGUUUUCAACACCAGACAUCAAGUAUGCUUAUCUAAUUAUGUUAGUGACCACCGACAGUAUAAAGGAAUGUUUAAUACUCUUGUGAAAAUAUAUAAGUGUGAAGGUGUGCGUGGAUUGUAUAAGGGCUUUGUGCCUGGGCUAUUCGGAACAUCCCACGGCGCCCUGCAGUUCAUGGCAUACGAGUUGUUAAAGCUGAAGUACAACCAGCACCUCGAGCGACUGCCAGAAGCCCAGUUGAGCACAGCCGAAUACAUAUCUGUCGCAGCACUUUCCAAAAUAUUUGCAGUGGCAGCCACGUACCCAUACCAGGUGGUGAGGGCCCGUCUCCAGGACCAGCACAUGUCCUACAGUGGGGUAGGGGACGUGAUCACCAGGACAUGGAGAAAAGAAGGCAUCAGUGGAUUUUACAAAGGAAUCGCUCCCAAUUUGAUCAGAGUGACUCCAGCCUGCUGUAUUACCUUUGUGGUCUAUGAAAAUGUCUCCCAUUUCCUACUUGAUCUUCGAGAAAAGAAAGUCAGCUAAAAGAGGAAAACUCCAGAACCUCUGCCCAAGGCAGUAACAGGCUCCUUCAAGACAAAACUUAAGACUAGUGCUGCACAGCCCCGUGACUCAUAAUCGGAAUUGGUCUGUGGGGUUAGAAGCCAGGAACUGCUGGGCCUUUGCCAGAGGUUCUGCCUUCUGCACCUGUGUGGGCUCGGCUGCCUCUGCUGACGGCUUCCUGCCACAUGAUGCCAAGCCAGCAGCAAAGCUGUUUCUCCUGCAUCAUUCAAGCAGAAACUGCCUUGCACCCCUUCUAAGCUGUUUAGAGGAACCUGCUGCUUUUCCUGACCUAUUGCCUGGAUUGCCUUUAAAAUUGACCUUCAUGCACUAGCAAGCGAGUGGUUUUGUGGGAGCGUGCUGGUGCCCCCAGGGUGAUAACCCAUAGAGUGAGGCACCACCCAGA